AUGUCUUCAAAAAAUGAAACAUUGGUGCAAGAGUUUGUUCUCCUUGGACUUUCCAGUGACCCAAGGACACAAACUAUACUUUUUGUUGCUUUUUUAGUCAUAUACAUCAUCAUUUUGGUUGGUAAUAUCCUCAUCAUUACUGUAACCACUACAGAUAGUUGUCUUCAGACACCUAUGUAUUUUUUUCUUACUAACCUUUCCUUCAUGGACAUCUGUGUUUCUACAACAAGCGUCCCAAGAAUGUUAAAAGAUUUACUGGCAGAGAAGAAGACAAUUUCUUAUGCUGAAUGUGUAACACAAAUGUACAUAUCUCUUUCAUUGGGUGAAUGCGAAUGCAUUCUGCUUGCAGUCAUGGCUUACGAUCGUUACAUAGCUAUUUGUUAUCCACUGCAUUACACUACAGUUAUAAACAGGUUGGUUUGUAUUAGAAUUGCUUUGGGUACGUGGAUCUGUGGUUUUCUUCUAUCUGUGUGUCAUGUUAUUCUGACCCUGAAUAUUAAUCUCUGUGGACGAAAUGAAAUCAAUCAUUUUCUGUGCGAAGUUCCAGAAGUCUUAUCACUGGGGUGUGAGGACAUUGUGAUCGUUGAGUAUGUGAUUUUUAUUGUAGGUGUGCUGAUACUUAUUAUACGAAUUAUACUAAACAUCUUAAAGAUAACUUCUGUGGCAGGACAGAAGAAAGCUUUUUCCACCUGUGGCUCACACAUGAUAGUUGUAACAAUGUUUUAUGGGUCAGCAAUGGCUGUGUAUAUGAAAUCAAGGUCAAAGUCUUCUGCAGACAUUGACAAAAUUAUUACAGUCUUUUAUUUUAUAAUCACUCCAAUGUUAAAUCCUUUGAUCUAUACACUGAGGAACAAGGAAGUGAAGUCAGCUUUAAGGAAGUUUAGGAAAAAUUAUUUUUCUGAAAAAAACUGA